AUGGACACCUCCCACCGCAAAAUCGAACUCCAAUCCCCCUCGGACCUCACCUUCCUCACAUCGCAAAUCCGCACCGCCGCGCGCCAGAAACUCGACUUGCACCUCCCUCCCGUGCCCUCCAGCGCUACAAACGGCGAUGCGCCAGACGAACUGCGGCGCUCGGUUGAAGACCUCGUUGAGAUAUUUGUUGCGAAAGUACUGCAGGGGAUAAGGCAGAAUGUUAGCAUCAAUGGGAUUGAUGUUGUGGAGAGUGGGGAUGGGGAGGGGAUGGAUGGGGCUGUGAAUGGACAUGGGGGAGGAGGAGGUGGUGGUGGAGGAGGAGAAGGGGAGUCCAUGGUGGAAACAGUCGAAUACGAACCUUUCGACGAUAAACUGCGGAGUCAGUUAUCUGCUACAGUAGCGAAACGCGAUGCGCUCAUUGCGAAAAUCAGUCAGCAACGGAGGACAACGCCGAAAGUUGCGGCGGAGACGUGGAUUAAGGGGUUUGAAGAGGAGGAGAGGGUGUGGGCGGCGCUGCAGGAGAGUAUGGCGGAGAAUGCUGCUGCUGCUGGGAAUGGGGAUGGGGAUGUGGCUGGGGUGGAGGCACUGCAGAGACAAGAGGAGGUAGAGAGGAAUUGGGAGAGGGCGGUGACGGGAUUGCAGAGGUUGAACAAGGGGUUGCCAGAGACGAGGGCGAGGUUGGAGAGGGCGGGGGAUGUGGUGGGGUACUUGGGGGGUGGGAAUGGGAAGAAGUGA